AUGAAAGAAUGUAUAUUGGAAGUAGCCUCGGCAUUUUUUGAAGAAAAAAAGGAUGAUGUCGCUGCAAUUCGUGGUAUUCCAAUGUCGGCAAGAAGUAAUACGAGAAGAAUGGAAAUUUUAGCUACUGAUAUUAAAAGCACUCUGCUUGAACUUUUGGAAAAGGCACCAUGCUAUGCCAUUGCACUUGACGAAUCAUGUGAUAUUGUUGAUGAUGAGAAAAUAUCUAUUUUUGUGAGAUUUUUUGAGAUUGAAAAUAAGAUAUUCAGGGAAGAAUUGCUUGCAAUAUUGCCUUUGAAAGUGUCACUUUCAACUGGCGGCACCCCAUCAAUGACUGGCAAAGAAAAAGGUGUAGUAAAGAAAAUCAGGGAUCAGAAUCCAGGCCUAAUAUCAUAUCAGUGUAUAAUUCAUCAGACUGCCCUUUAUGGAAAACUCAGUGCCACACUGAAGAAGUAA